CGCGCACCAUGCUGACUCCCGGCCUACGGAACUCGUAGUGCAGCCCCUGUCGCCUCCCCGGUCCCUGCUAUCCCACGCAGGACUGGCUUCGGCCGCUGGGGCCAGCCGCUUGCGACGUGUCCCUGGGGAGGCGGAAUCCCUGUGCGCCCUGAGCCGGGGCUCAGCCCUUCGCUUUCCAGCUGCGUCCUGCUCCGGGCCGCCCAGGGAGCCCAGUGGCGAUGGGGGCACUGCUGGCGCUUUGCCUUCUCCUUGGCUGGCUGCGCUGGGGCCCGGCGGGCGCCCAGCAGUCCGGAGAGUACUGCCACGGCUGGGUGGACGUGCAGGGCAACUACCACGAGGGCUUCCAGUGCCCAGAGGACUUCGACACACUAGACGCUACCAUCUGCUGCGGCUCCUGCGCGCUCCGCUACUGUUGCGCGGCGGCCGACGCCCGGCUGGAGCAAGGCGGCUGCACCAACGACCGCGGCGAGCUGGAGCACCCAGGCAUCACCGCGCAGCCUGUCUACGUCCCCUUUCUCAUCGUCGGCUCCAUCUUCAUUGCGUUCAUCAUCCUGGGCUCUGUAGUGGCUAUUUAUUGUUGCACCUGUUUGAGACCCAAGGAGCCCUCGCAGCAGCCAAUCCGCUUCUCACUCCGCAGCUAUCAGACAGAGACCUUACCCAUGAUCCUGACCUCCACCAGCCCCAGGGCACCCUCCCGGCAGUCCAGCACAGCCACGAGCUCCAGCUCCACAGGCGGCUCCAUCCGCAGGUUCUCCUUUGCCAGGGCUGAGCCAAGCUGCCUGGUGCCCUCGCCGCCCCCGCCAUACACCACAAGCCACUCAAUCCACCUGGCUCAGCCAUCUGGUUUCCUGGUGUCACCCCAGUAUUUCGCUUACCCCCUCCAGCAGGAGCCCCCCCUGCCUGGGAAGAGCUGUCCAGACUUCAGUUCCAGUUGACACGCCCAGGCCAUGAAUCCACAAGUCAGUCAAAUGGCAGACAGGUGGAGCCCUGCUGCCAUUGCCACAUGCAAUUCUGAGAAAAUUUCCCUUGUAACUGAUCAGUGUCAUGGAGGAGCAUGCUCGGAAAACACAGCACCUUCUAAUUUGAGAGUUCCUGGCUCCAAUCACAGAAUGGCUAAAGCAGAGAACUGUUUUCUGGUUUUGCAAACAUGUGAUCAUUACAUUUCAAUUUAUGCUACUUUUAUUCAAAACAUACAGCAGUUUGACUUUAAAGUUGCAAAUUGGCUGAAAGUGUUUUACUGGACAUUCAGCUGUGCUGCUUAGAAAAGGGCCACAUGUUUCUUUUUCAUGUAAGUUGUUUAUUGAGUUAUGAUAGAAAUAUAUUCAUAAAUAAGCAAAGAAAAAUACCUAAUUAUAAUUAUCGAAGGUUCACUGAAAAAAUUAACUAUUAGGUAAACUUAAGGGGGCAGUGAACAAUCUGUUUAUGAUUUCGGGAGUAACCUAACCAUGAAUAAUAUUAGCAUAAUGAGAACAUUUACUUUUCAAAUAAAUAACUAGAUUUUGUUUAAAAUAAGAGUUUUUUUCCAGAAUACAAGGUUUCAAUAACUGCAUGAGGAGUUUAAAGUUUUAAAUAUAUACUCAGACAUUCAUUGUAACACAGAGUCUGUGUAAAAUCAUUUCCCCACCCACUGGAGGGAGUAUUUAUUGCAGACAUUUUGUUCAGCAACAUCUAGUGUUUCUGUGAAAGUUGGACAGUUGGGGUUUAACACAUUUAUUUGUAAAAUGAGAUAUGUACAAAUGUAAAUAUUUGUAAUUUAAUGUAUUUACCACAUUGACUGUACUAAUUAUUUAGUAGUCAUACUGUAAUUUUUAUGUUAAUAAUUGUGGAGUUCAAAGUCUAGCUAUUGGUAUAAUCAUCUAAUAUUAUAUAUAUCUCCAGUGCCACUGAAUUUUAUGUCUGAUGACUAUAUAUUUGGGCAUAUAUCUUGUUGGAUUAGAAUAAAUAAAAUACUUUAUGUUUUCAUGAACUCUA